AUGGCAGCGACCGACAACAAGAUGGUGGGCGGGACAUCUGGAUACCGCGCCGAAGCCACCAGCGACAUCCCCGUCGCGACGGCGCCGCCGCUGGAGGACGACAAGGGCAAGGACACAGCCAUCGAACACGCGGACCUGGGAUUGGAUGAGGAGAAACAGCCGCAACACAUACCGUCAGUCGAUGCACCGCUCGAGGCCCUAGGUAUCCCUGAUUGGCGGGAGCAGGAGAAGAAGAUCGUCAGACGGCUUGAUAUGACGCUUAUGCCAAUGCUCUGGGUACUCUAUCUUUUCAACUAUCUCGACCGUGCCUCCAUCUCGCAGGCACGUAUCAGCAGCUUCGAGGCUGAUCUUGGUCUUAGCGAUACUCAGUUCGCCACGGCGGUUGCUGUUUUAGUUCCUGGUUAUGUCGCAGUUCAGAUUCCAUCAAACAUGAUCCUUCCCUACGUCCGGCCCAGUCUCUACCUGCCAUGCUGCGCAAUCGUUUGGUCUGGCGUCUCUGCGGCCACGGCGGGCGUCAAGAACUACCACGGACUGCUCGCCUGUCGUUUCAUCCUCGGUCUUUGCGAGGCUCCUCUGCUUCCAGGUGCCAUCUACAUUAUGAGCUGCUGGUACACCCGCAAGGAAAUUGCGCUGCGCACUGCCAUUUUGUACACUGGCCUGGUGCUGGCCAUGGCCAGCUCUGGACUCAUCGCAGCAGGCGUGUACGCCGGGCUGGAGGGUGUUCGUGGCAUGGCCGGGUGGCAGUGGCUCUUCAUUGUCCUGGCGAUGGCUGGUUCUGCAUGUGCAGUGGUCGCUCUCUUCCUUCUCCCUGACUACCCCGAGUCCAAGACAGGCUCUGGCCGAUGGUCCAUGACGGAGGACAUGAGGCGCAUCGCGGUGGCGCGUAUCCUGGCUGACAGGGUGUCGCAGCCCGAGGCCAAGAGCAAUAGCAUCUGGUAUGGUCUCAAGCUCACUUUCAUCGACUAUAGGACGUGGAUCUUUGUAGCCAUCAACAUCUCCAUCUCAGCCGCGUACGGGUUUCUCAACUUUUUCCCCUCCAUCGUGCGCGGGUUUGGCUUUGAGUCACGUAUGACGACCCUUCUGCUCACGGCGCCCCCUUACGUCUUCGCAGCCGUUGCAUCCCUGGUCAACGCUCGCAGCUCCGACCACUUCAAGGAGCGCGGCUACCACAUGGCCGGCCCCGUCUUCGUCGCCAUCCUCGGCUACGUCGUGUGCACGGCCACGGGAAACGUGCCGGCCCGCUAUGCCGCAUCCUUCAUGUACAUCGGCGGUAUGUUCGCGGCCAACCCGCUGAUCAACACGUGGUUGGUUGGUACCCUCGGCCGCACGCCCGAGAAGCGCGCCACGGCUAUCCCCGUCAUCAACGUCCUCGGCCAAAUCGGUAACCUCAUCGCGCCAUACUUCUUCCCCGACAGAGACGAGCCGCGCUAUAUGAUGGCCUUUUUGCUGAUGAUGGGGUUCGCGGCGAUUGGUAUUGCGUGCUGCUUGCUCCUCAAGUUCCUGCUACACAGGUCCAACAAGAAGCUGCUGAGAAGGGCGCAGCAGAACGGGACUGUGUACAACCCUUACACCCUAUAG